AUGAAGCUUCUUAACUGGCCGGCGUUGUUGUUGGCCCUUACAAAAUUCGCAACACUCGCCACAGCCCACCCAUCUGGCCUCACAAAAUGUCAAUUACCAACACGCAAUCCUUUAAGUAGUUGUCCAAAAAACACUAUUCUAGUCUCUUCAUCAGACAAAAGAGCUCAUUUCACCACAAUUCAAUCCGCCAUCCUCUCCCUCCCAGACGAUCACUCCUCUCAGACUAUCCUCAUCCUCCCUGGCAACUACACCGAACAGCUCAACGUAACUCGACGUGGUCCCCUGACUCUCAUAGGACAAACCUCCAAACCCACAUCCCAGUCAAGCAAUACAGUAACAGUGCUGUUCUCCGCCGCAAAUGUACAAGCAAGCUACACAGACAACGCAUUUACUUCAGUUCUGACCGUCUCGCCAACACUUGAAGCAAGUUUGACGGGAAGUGGUCCAACCGGCUACGCUGUACCCAAUAACACCGUAUAUGGAAACACAGAUUUCCGAGUCUACAAUAUCAACUUCCGCAAUGUAUUCUCGGAAGCAAGCGUAGGACCAAGUCUCGCGGUCAGUGUGAGCCGAGCAAACGCAGGUUUCUACUACUCUGGAUUUUACAGUUAUCAAGACACAGUCUACAUCGGCAAACUAGGAAACGCAUACUUCAAAUCCUCCGAAAUAGCCGGCCAAACCGACUUCCUCUACGGCUUCGGAACCGCCUUCAUCCAAUCCUCGCGUCUCCUCCUCCGCAACUGCGGCGGCGGCAUCACCGCCUGGAAAGGCGCCAACACCACCUUCCCCAACAAAUACGGCGUCUACAUCUCCCAAUCCACCGUCGUGGCCGCGAACUCCACCAUCGCCCCAACCAUCAUCGGCAAGUGUUUCCUGGGCCGUCCCUGGAACAUCCAGCACCGAAGCGUGUUCAUGGAUACGUAUCUCGAUGCUACGAUCAACGCGGCGGGAUAUAAGAAGUGGGGGACGGGCGAUGAGAGGUUUAGUAAUUUGACGCUCAUGGCGGAGUAUAAGGAUUUUGGACCGGGGUUUAAUGAGACGGGGAGGAUUGUGGGGGGUGUGACGACGUUGUUGAGUGAGAAGCAGGUUAAGGCGUAUGAUAAGCCCGUGGAUGUGUUUAUGGAUGAGAAUGGGAGACAGCCUUAUGUGGGGUGGAUUGAUGAGGAUGCUUAG